AUGCCACUAGGUGUAUUUCAACGUUUAUUUGAUUUUGGCUCUAAAAAAGACGAGAAAAUAUCAUCACAAGACGCCAUACAACGUUUACAAGAUGUCGAAGAUUUAUUGAAUAAAAAAGUUCAAUUUCUAGAAACAAAAGUUGAUGAAGAAAAACAGACGGCAAUUAAAUGUUCAAAAGCAUCGAAUAAACGUGGAGCAUUAAAUGCUUUAAAACGAAAAAAACGUUAUGAAAAAGCGUUGCUACAAUUGGAUGGUACAUUGACAACACUUGAGACCCAACGUGAGCAUUUACAAAAUGCAUCAACGAAUAUGGACGUAUUGAAAGUAAUGAAAAAUGCUGCUGGAGCAUUGAAAAAAACAAAUCAAAAUUUAGAUGUUGAUACAGUACACGAUUUAAUGGACGAUUUAGCUGAACAAAAUGAAACAGCACAAGAAAUUGCUACAGCCAUAUCGUCACCUUACAUGACAGGUUCUGAAUAUAUUGAUGAUGCUGAACUAGAACGUGAGUUAAAUGCACUGGCUGCAGAUGAAGAUCGAAAAGAUAUGGAAAGAAUGGGCCCACUACCAGAUGUGCCGAAUAUAAAAUUACCUACCAGAGAAACGACUAAAGUAAAUCAAAAAGAAUUAGAUGAAUUAGCAGCAUUAGAACAAUGGGCAACAUAA